AAAGUCGAACGACAAAAAACAAUGUUCGAAGAUUGUAGCCCGUGGAACUAACCUACAAAAUUCGCACGAAGUUGAAGUGAUUGAGAGUAAUUUUGUUUUGUAUUGAAAUUGAAAAUGACUUCUACACGCCUCUUUGUUGGCAAUCUACCGGAUACUGUAAAAGAGACUGAUGUAGAAGCAGCGUUUUCAAAAUAUGGACAAAUUGUAAAUGUGGAUUUCAAAAAUAAAAGUGGUGCUGAUAAAAACCAAAAGCUCUUUGGAUUUGUAACUAUUUCUGCAUCUAAUUAUGAAGUUGAAUCAUGCAUAAACCAUUUUUCAAGUGAAGAUUUUUACGGGAACCGCCUUUUCGUCACACGAGCCCGUGAAAGCUUUUUAGAACGACUGCAGAGGGAGAGACAUGAAGCACAACUAAAGGAGGCAGAAAAGAAUGCCCCUCAACAAGAUCUUCCGAAAAAGAACCCUGUUUUGAAAUUAUCUGAAAAGUUGAAUCCACGCAAAAGGAAAUUUGACACAUCAAACAAUUUCAGCAAUCAAAAGAAGCCACACAAGCAACAUGGUUUUGAAAACAGUUCACAGGACCUCCACAAUGCUAAUGAACAACCAGUGGAAGAAAUUGUUGUGCCUGAAAUGGAUAAAAAGAAACAGGAGUCAGAUAAAAAGAGAAUGGAAUCAAUGAAAAGAAAAAGACAGGAAUUUCUAGAAAGACAAAAGAUAAUCAAAACAGGUCUCAUUGGGAUUGACAAAGUAACAAAUAAUAAAGUUAUAUUUUCAGAUAUAAAUAAUGGUGAUACAUUUACAUCUGCUCAUAAAGAUAAUCACACUAUAAUUGAAAAUUAUAAAACAAAAAGUUCUCUUUUUGAUGAUGAUGCAAGUGAUGAUGAUGUUAAUUUUGAAAUUAAAGAACAAUUUGAAGGAAAGAUGGGGCAAAAGGUUUUAGAUUUACAAUCAAGAUACAAAUCUGAUAAACGUUUCAUCUUAGAUGAAAGGUUUAUAGAAGAUGGCAACUCCGAAGAAGAAAAGGAUUGUACUCAUAAUGACAAUGAAGACAAAAUAGAUUUGGGAGAUGCAGAUGAAAAAACAAAACAGCUAAAUAUAUUGCAAGAUGUGCUAGGAGUGUCAAUAAAAACUAGAACAACUAAACCAGAGAUGAAUAAAACCAAAUCAAAACUAGGUAUGCUCAGGUUUGAUCCUUCACAACCUGAACAUGCAAAAUUUUUGGCACCAGUGGAUAAAAUUAAACAAGAAUCUACAAAAAAAGCGAAAAAGAAAAAGCUAAAAGAACAGCAAGAAGAUGAAAAAACAAAAAAAGUUAUACCAGAAAAUGAUAAGCCAAAAAUUGAGGUAUCUAAGGAGCAAUUUUACAAAGUCAGUGAAACCCUAAAAGAAUCUUUAGAGCAACCUAAUAAUUUCAGUCUAAGAAGUUUGUUUGGUCCAAAUGAAGAUGAUGAAAAAGUUACUCUGGCACAAGAUACUGAUUAUAUACCAUUAGAAAAACCAAAAGACCCCAAAGUUAAGAAUCCUUUAAAUCUUGUUGGCAAAAACCCAUUUAUAUAUGACUCUUCUGAUUCUGAGACAGAGGAAGUUGUAGAAAUAAAGAGUCAAAGAAAAUCCACUGAAACUAAUUCAGAAGUAAAUAAUACAUCAGAACCUAAAGCAGUGUGGAAAGAAAACUUGUUUUUUUCAAAAUCAGACAGCAGAUUACAAGAUGGCUUAUCAUUUUUCAACAAAACCACUGAAAAUGAACCAAACAAAGAAAGGAGGGUAUUGAAAUCUGUAAUGAAAAAGAGACUCUAUAAUAAAGAAAGAAAGAAUCAGAUGUUCCAGAAAAAAAUUGGUGGUAAAAGAAAGUCAAUGAAGAAAAUAUAUAAAAAGAAACAUUGAUAACUAACUAAUUUUAAUUAAAUUAAAGAAAGUUUAAAAGUAUUAUUUUCAUUUAAUUUUUUUACUACUAUCGUUUCUUCCACGUAGGUUUCUUUCGGGCUCCUGGUUGGCCAGGCUUCUUACGUUCACGGCGGCGAUGAUCUCUAGUCAGUAAACCUGCAACUUGCAUCUUCUCAAGCAUAUCUUUUUCAACAAAACUCCGAAGGCUCCAAGCAAUACCCCAUCUUAUGGCACCGGCCUGUCCUGACGGACCUCCACCUUCUAUGUUGCAAACAACAUCAACACGAUCUUGCAUACCAGUAAAAAUAAGAGGAAAUAUAACUUGUUCCCUUGAUUGUAUGUCCUCAAAAUAAGUAAUGUCCUUGCCAUUGAUUGAAAUAUUUCCUGUACCAGGAGAUUUUAUGGUUACAUCACCUCUAGCUUUCUUCCUUAAACAUUCGUAGGUUGUGAUAAAAGCACGACCAUCUUCAUCAUAAUUAGGCUUAGGGAUCUCUAAAGCAAACCUUUGAGUAGUUAAUGGCUUUCUGAAUUGUUCAAUAAAAUCCUUACAUCUGUACGAAUAUGGUAAUGAAACCAACCUUUCCAUGACAUUUUUGAAGUUUGUAUACUCAAUGUCUUCAAUGGUUUCAACUAAAGUUUUUUCCAAUUGUUCUUUUGUAAACCAAACACUUCCUUCCAAUUUGAGGCUGUUAUUGGGGUCUGGGCUAGCUUUUUUCCUAAUUACCUUAUCCUCAAACUUCUGUAAUUCCUGAAUGUUUUCUGCUGCAUCAUAGAGAACUUUAAAAAAACUUGCUUUGCCUGUAUAAAAUAGAAAAUGGUGUGGUCUACCUGCUUCAUCAAAUUCAGCAGCUUUACGAGCUGGGUACACUUCUUCUGGAGAUCUCAUGAGCGGACGCGCAGCUGGAUCAUAUAUUCCACUGGGAAACAAAUACUCAAUAGCUCUGUCUAUAUCUUUUUGGGUGAAAGUUUCUGGAUCUUCUCCCAUCAUAUUGGCAAGAUGCCUUUUACCUACAUUAAACUCAAAAUGCUGUUUUUUCAUAAACUCAUCAUGUUCUUUAGCUCUUUCCAAAUAAGCUUUCAUAGCUUUACUAAUUUUUUUCUUUUUACUUAAGGUUUCCCAAUCCGUUAGGUUAUCCGUAACAUUGUUAGUAACUCUACUAGAUCCAGUCCUAUAUUGGAAAAUGUUUGAUAAAACCUUGCCACGAACAGAACAUCUUGUAGCAAGUAUAGAAUGUUUUACAGUAAAACAAAACACAAAAACCAUAUUUUUACAUUUGCUUUUUCAUGAAUUCAUAAAUUAAAACUCAAAUUCCAAUUUGACAGAGACAGGCAGUGUUGCC